AUGGGCCAGACCCUGAGCCAGGAGUAUGGCAUCGUCCUGGAUGCUGGCUCUUCGCACACAUCCAUGUUCAUCUACAAGUGGCCCGCGGACAAGGAGAAUGACACAGGCAUCGUGGGCCAGCAUAGCUCCUGUGACGUGCAUGGAGGGGGGAUCUCCAGCUACGCGGACAACCCUUCCAGGGCGGGCCAGAGUCUCGUUGAGUGUUUGGACCAGGCGCUUCAGCAGGUGCCCAAGGAGAGACACGGGGACACUCCCCUCUACCUGGGAGCCACAGCAGGCAUGCGUCUGCUCAACAUGACCAGUCCAGAGGCCUCGGCCAGUGUGCUCGCGGCUGUGACCCAGACGCUGACCCAGUAUCCCUUUGAUUUCCGUGGUGCCCACAUCCUCUCGGGCCAGGACGAGGGGGUGUUUGGUUGGGUGACCGCCAACUACCUGCUGGAGAACUUCAUCCAGUACGGCUGGGUGGGCCGGUGGUUCCGGCCGAGGAAGGGAACGCUGGGGGCCAUGGACCUGGGGGGCGCCUCCACUCAGAUCACCUUCGAGACGGCCAGCCCGGCGGAGGAUCCAGCCAACGAGGUCCAGCUCUGGCUCUACGGACAGCCGUACCGUGUCUACACACACAGCUUCCUCUGCUAUGGCCGGGACCAGGUUCUCUUGAGGCUGCUGGCCAGUGCACUGCAGACCCAUGGCUUCCACCCUUGCUGGCCAAGGGGCUACUCCACCCAAGUGCUGCCUCGGGACGUGUACGCAUCUCCGUGCGCGGAGGCCCGGCAGCCCCAGGCCUUCAACAGCAGCGCCAGGGUCAGCCUGUCUGGGACCAGCGAGCCUGCCCUCUGCCGCAGCCUUGUCGCGCGGCUCUUCAAUUUCUCCUCCUGCCGCUUCUCCCGAUGUUCCUUCAACGGCAUCUUCCAGCCCCCUGUGACUGGGAAAUUCAUCGCCUUCUCUGCCUUCUUCUACACCAUGGACUUCCUGAGGACGGUGAUGGGGCUCUCUGUGGCCACCAUGCAGCAGCUGGAGGUCGCGGUGGUCACAGUGUGCAACCAGACGUGGAGCGAGCUGCAGGCUCGCGCCCCGGGACAGCAAGCCCACCUGCCUCACUACUGCGCUGGGGCCAUGUUCGUGCAGCAGCUGCUGAGCCGCGGCUACGGCUUCCACGAGCGCACCUUCGGAGGGGUGACCUUCCAGAAGAAGGCCGGGGAUGCCACAGUGGGCUGGGCGCUCGGCUACAUGCUGAACCUGACCAACAUGAUCCCCGCCGAGCCGCCGGCGCUGCGCAAGGGCACAGACUUCGGGGCCUGGGUCGUCCUGGUCCUGCUCUCCGCCGUCCUGCUUCUGGCUGCGACCAUCCUGCUGCUGUGCCGGGCCUGCGCGGCCAAGGCGUCCAGCGCCAUCUAG